UCUCAUUUUCCGAUUUCAAUUUCUCAUCCUGAACCCCUCAAAGAUGGAUUCGAUACCAAAGAAGCGACCCAAAUCCGAAACCAAAACCCCAAAACGGAACCCUAAAUCUUCCCCUUCUCCAAUCACAUCACUACUCGAGCCACCACAAAGCUUCUUCCCUUCAAAAGAAGAAUUCAUUAAACUCCUCACCGUGUUGCUCAUCGCUUGUGCAGUAGCUUUCACCUGCAGUUUCCUCUCUAAGCAUCUGAACUCAGACCCAAAAAAAUUCUGCGACAGUAACUCAGAUUCCAUCGAAUCGGACUUGGAUUCGUGUGAACCAUGUCCAGUUAAUGGGGAAUGUCACCAAGGGAAGUUGCAAUGUAAUAAUGGAUACAGAAAGCAUGUGACUUUAUGCUUAGAAGAUGGAGCAAUCAAUGAAUCAACUAAGAAAUUGGUUAGGCAUUUCGAGAGAAAAGUUUGUGAGGCAUAUGCUCAUAAUGAAUGCUAUGGUGCUGGGACCAUUUGGGUUCCGGAGAAUAAUGUUUGGAAAGAUCUACGUGGCAACGGUUUAGUGGAUAACUUAGACGAGUCUGCUUACGAUUUUGUGAAAGCAAAGGCAGUAGAAGCUGUGGCAGAGUUGUUAGAGAAACGGACUAAUGCUAAUGGGAUCAAUGAGUUGAAGUGUCCUGAAUCGCUAAUGGAAAGUUAUAAGCCUUUGACUUGCAGCAUACAACAAUGGCUGUUACGGCACAUUGUUAUUGUUUCGUCCUCCUGUGCAAUGCUUGUGUCAUGCGCAAUGUUGCUUAGGAAAAUCCAGCGGAAGCGACACUUUUCAAGUAGAGUUGAAGAACUAUACGACCAGGUAUGUGACUUCCUGGAAGAGAAUGCAGUGACAUCAAACUCUACAGACAGUAACUGCGAGCCAUGGGUUAUCGCAUCACGGUUGCGUGAUCAUCUUCUUUUGCCUAGAGAAAGAAGAGAUCCUCUCUUGUGGACUAAGGUUGAGGAGUUGAUACAAGAGGAUUCACGUAUAGAUAGGUAUCCAAAAAUUAUAAAGGGUGAACAAAAGGUUGUAUGGGAAUGGCAAGUUGAAGGUUCAAUUAGCUUAUCGAAGCUAAAGAAACGGCGAGAGAUGCAGAAGAAAGUUAAACAAACCAAUGACUCGAACACAAUCUUGCAAGAUAACUACAACAGAAGAAUCGCAGAGACUAGCUCUUAGCACAUACAUUUAGGACAGAGACCAAUAUAGAAGCUUGUCGGUGCUUGCUUCUUCAGGUAAAUGGUAAAAAGAUCCAAGAAUGCAGUGAUUGUUGAUCUUUCCUUUCUGUUCCUGGUUAAUGGUUGAAAUUUGUAAUAGAUGAAGGAGAAUAGUUAGUGUCUGUUGACUUGAGGAACCUGGUUUGGAUUGGAAUUGCAUUGGUACGGUUACCACGGUACAAUUCCGGUUUAAGUUGACUGAGACUUUUAAAAAGUCUUGUCUUGUAAAAAGAGAGAAUCAAAACGAAAGAAGAAAGAAUUUGAUUUUACAUAGAUAUACUUGGGUUUACGAAGUGGUAUUACUUUUGGAACACAGUACAAUAGUAGUAGCCUUUUGGUUUUCCCCGUACGAAGAGUGUGUCACAUCAUCGUUUACAGAGAGACUCCUUAGUUCCCAAGAUUACCUUCCC